GGAUUUGAGUAGAGGAGAACGUGGCAGGGUGUGGCACUGCCACCGAUGAUCAGCACAUCAACUUGAGAGCCAUCGACCCUCGGAACAGCUUCUCAUGUACAUAGCCUGCUGCUACCUGACCAUGAUGCAUGACCGCUGAUUGAUCUCCAGCCGAUAUCAGGCUCGCAACAACCGAACAUCUUCCUUCCAAACUCCCAUGGAUGUCCAAAGCUGACCUACUGGCCAUGGGCCAGCCUCCAGCGACUGGGGGGCUCGGCCCACUCCUCGGAUGGACACGGCGGCGGGCGAUCUAUAAUCCAUGACUGUAACGCACAGGGCAGGUUCUGUCCGAAGGCGGCGGGCGCUGCUGUAUUAUGUAACACACAGGGCAGGGUCGAUGGCGCUGGUGCCUAAUGAAACACAAUCGCGGGAUCCUCCUGAUUGAACAUGAAAGAUGUCUGAUGCCUACUCAGAACAAGUCUGGGACCGCCAAUCAGCGCGUUAUUCCCCCCUGCUCUCUCUGCCUCCAGUUCCGCUCGCCCAGGCGUCUGCGGGACACAAUCAUGUCCAACUUCACCAUCGACAACAUCAACCCACGUAUCCAGUACACCCCGCCUGGCGCGUGGACAGAAGGAACAAGUGCCAAUGAUCCUCUGGCUGGAGACUACUUCAAGGGCACGUUCACCUUGUGCACGACGAAGGGGAGCGCCGCGACGUUCUCGUUCAAUGGGACGCAGGUGUUCGUCGGUGGAGCGAUGCGAUCGAAUCACGGCCCGUAUUCGGUGAAUCUGGACGGGGUCACGCAGACGAUCGACGGCUUCUCUCAAAACGCUGUCUUCUCCAACCUCUUCGUAUCGAAUGUGCUGCCGGAAGGCCUUCACACGGUCUCCAUCACCAACGAGCUGACGGACCCCUCGGCGCCGUUCCUCGACAUCGACUACAUCACUUGGACCUCGUCCGUGUCCCCAUCAGCAUUCAACCAAGCCGCGACAGUCGAGGACACGAGCAAUCUGUUUUCCUUCACCCCGUCUGCGGCAUGGACCAGCCAGCUUGCGCCGUCGCUGACCGGGUUCAGUGGAAGCAGCGGACACCAAACCACAUCUGAUGGCGCUUCUGCUUCCUUGUCAUUCACCGGCAACUUCGUGUCGGUGUUCGGGGCGGUGGGGCCCCUGAUGGCGCCGUAUGGCGUGCUCUUGGACGGCGUGCCCCAGGGGACGUUCAAUGCUACGAAACAGACGUAUUUCAAUAUGGUCGAGCUGUUCCACGCGGACAAUCUCGCGUCCGGGGACCAUGUCGUGUCGUUUGUGGCUGCCCCUGCUGCACCCGGGCAGAUAUUCGCGCUAGACUUUGCCAAGGUCCCGCCGGCCUCGGUCGCUGGGUCGAAGACGAGCUUGGGGUCAACGGCAGGUCCGACUGGGACUGGCUCAACCAAUAACUCCACCUCGUCACAGCCAACCAACACCGCUGCCAUUGCUGGGGGUGUCGUCGGUGGGGUGGCCGUUCUGGGAAUCUUGCUACUUCUGUUUCUAUUUCUUCGCAGGAAGCAGCGGGGAUCUCACGAAUACGCGAUCGAUGAGCUCAAAUCUACUCCACCAACCCACUACAACAUGGAUCACAUAGGACCCGACCCGUAUCAGUCAUACUCGCGAUCGGCUCUCGUGGGAUCGCACUCCCAACAUUCCCAUUCCGCAUAUGAAGAGUCGGUCAUGAGCAACCCCUGGCCUACGUCUGACGCUAGCCCCCCGCCGCUGCCGCCUCUGCCAGCAGAGAGAGACGUCCCCCGACGCGGGUUCUACACCGUGAACCACACCCGGGACCCCUCAAAUAGCGCCAGCGAACCUUCGACGGCCUCCGCCUCCGUCUCUGCAGGCCGCCGGACCUCGACGCACACCGCGGCGACCUCCGCUGGUGCGGCUGGUCUCGGUACCGGGGUCAACGGGAAAGGCAUGCCGGUGGUGUUGCCCCCGACCGCGCAUGCCCCACUGCCGGCGGGCGCCUCCCGGAUGGUCGUGGAGGGGAGGGCGCAGGAUAUGGGCCCGCUGUCGCCUGGUUUGGGGCCUCUGCCACCGGAUUACGCGCAGGCGACGCAGCCGUACUAUCCUCCCCGUCCAUGAUACCCCUUUGUAGAUCAUUUGAUGUUGAGCAUGCAGUCGAUACAGUUUCGCUGUCUCAUUGGAGAAUAUUGAUGAGGCCCAGAUGCAUUGCAAGGCGUGUUAGUAGCACUGCGAUCGUAUCCUACGCGCAACAAAGCAACGUGGCUGUGUGUAUCUUCCGGGUUCUCUGCAAGGAUCUUUGAUCUUGAGAAUCGUGACUGAACCACCGCAUGAAACCCUGUU